CACAUAGAGAAGCAUCCUGCUGGAAAAGCUUAAGGACACUCACUUUGAAAGUCACAAAAUUAUUGAGGGCCUGCAGUCAGAAUUGAUGAGGCUACAAGAGCACUCAAAGCAAGCACUCUUCAGGUUAAAUAAAUGCCACAUCAGUUCUCACAUUCCACAGAGGACAGGUGUGACAAACCAUCAGUCUCUGCAUCAUGAGAUUCAGGAAGCUCGACCGUCCCAGAAUGUGGCUGUGGAGUUGAUUAGUGAUUCACUGAGCCAGAGUUUACCCAGCGUCCCUCAGAGAGGAAACAUCCAAAGCCUCCAGAAGAUCAAACCUGUAGAGAUUUCCCAUAUUCUCCACGCACAGCUCUCAGAGACUGACAAAGUUGGCAACAGUGCAAGUGAGAAGUUACAGAGACUCUAUCUGCAGAAGCAACAACAACAUGGAAGUUCUAGGCAUCAGCUGGUCACACUUCUGAAAGAGCUGGAGCUUCUUGAAACCCCACUGGCAGCGCAAGCACAGCACAAGGCCAAGCAUCAGGCGCAGGAAACCCACAUAGCGGCCGCCAUCACCUGGUGGAGAGGCCAGACUAAAGAGGGCAAGAAAAACCAGGCUGCCCAAGUUCCACAAGAAACUGUGAUGGACAUUCAGAAGCAGAUCCAAAGCCUGGAAGUCAAUCACAUUCCAGCCCAGCUGGAAGAGACUAAGCGUGGCAUGAAGGUGCUUCUCAAAGACCAGGGAACGAGCACCUGUGACGAGUCCGACGACGCUCAGAUUCAGUUUAGGGACGUGGCUGUGGUCACUGAUUCAUCAGCAGAGCGUUUGGCUCCAGAAGAGCUGCUGGAGUCUCUGAGGAAAGUGGAGGACGUGGUUUCGCAGGCCUUGCGGGCAGCUCAGGUGCUCAUGGGCAGCGAGGAGAGGAUAGAGGCCAUCGGCAUGAGGGUGGAGAAAGCACUGAGCAGAGCUGAAGCUACUGAGAGUCAACUCAGUGCCCUGGAGGCCACCAUCUCUGCUAACACACAGUCGUUCUGUAUGUCUCAAUCCGAGGCCACCGGGCUCCUGGUGGACCGUAGCUCAGCCGCCGUUACGUCCUUUUCCACACCCGAACCUGUCGCUCAGGAGAGCGUCCUCACUCCACUUUCACCUGAAAACGGUGGCUCGCUUCUGCGCACGCCAGCAGAGGGACACAGCAACAAGGUCAGCCAAAACCCAGAUGCAACCCUCCUAGAUCAGGAUCCUGGUUCACCAUCUGAGCUUUGGCUGAGGCGUGCUGUCAGUGUUUGCUUCGAGCCAGUGUCUACAGGUCUUCCAUCUGUAGGAGCGCUUACCCUACAGAGUCCUGCUUUACUCUGUACUGAGAGCUCUUUGCCGGGACCGUCAGCUUGUGAGGAGCCCACGCCACACAACAGACAAGAGAAUGUAGCUGGGUUAGACCGGCCAGCAAGCAAUGACAUCUUCCUCUCAGAGUCAGAGGCUAUUAGGAACACCUUAGCUGUAAACAAGGAAACGUGCAAGAGUCUAAAUAAAGUAGAGACUGGAUGUGCAGAAACUGAGCUACAAAACAGAAGAGGACAAAUAGAGAGUUCUGGGAGGUGCCAAAAAUCAGAACAUAGCAGCAGGACAGAGGCCUUAAAACUUCUGAACCAAGGGCAGCCUUCCAAGUCAGGGGACGUCUGGGAUAAUCAAGGAUUCAAUUCAUCAGGGGAGACCCAAGUAGAGGAUACUGGGAGUUGUCAAGAGGGAAGAGGAGAUUUAGAAUGCACUGGGAGGAGUCUAGAGGAAUCCAGAAGCAGUGGACAGGGUCAAGCAAGGACAGGGAACAGUGAGACUCAAGAGGAACCCAAAACAAGUGACUCAGAAACAUCAAAGAAUCCGAGUGUCCAAGGUGAAGAUCUAACUGACACUCCAGGGGACCAAGAGGACCCCUCUGCUGUAUGUCAGUUCACACGCUCACGGGGUGAGCAAACUUCACUAAAGAGAGCUCAUAGCUUUGUGACAAAGUCUGUCACUCCUUUUAUCUUCCCUCACACACGCUCUCGGCCCCCGCUCAUCCCCGCCAUGCCCACCCUUCCUGAGGAAGAGGAAGAUUCCCCAGAGGAGCUCGACAGUACAUCCAGUUCGCCCUCCACAUAUGCUCCAGUUAAAAGCAAGAUGGUGAAUGUAACCAUGACUCCACCAGCUAUUGUGCUUCCAAGACAAGUCAGCAAGCAAGAGCCCUGUCCUCUGGAGAAAGCAAGCCCUAGGCCUCGUCUCUCCCGAAACUCUGCAUCUUCAUGUCCCAUCACCGCAGUGGAUGAUGAUGGACACGUGAUAGACCUGGUGAAGGAUCAGCUUCCUGAGCUGCAGUUAUCUGAAGAGGAUCGUCAGAAGAAUCUGGAGCUGCUCGAGGAGGCCAAGAAAGUCAGCGAUCGCUUCCUGCAGCGCAGAGGCCGACGCUCCACCUGUAGUCUCAGUGAAUCUCCAACAGCUCUCUCUCCGAACCCAACGCCAUGCACCUCCCCCCGACCAUCCAGAAGCAGUUCUCUCUCCGCACCCUCACAGCUAGGUCCUGAGGUCACCUCAACUCCUCCAGCUAGUCCCUCCAUAGCUAAGCAUCUGGAGGUACCAUCUACCCAUGACCAAGGGGACACCAGUAAACCAGAGCAGGAGACCUUCACGAGGCUAGUAGAUUGGAUGCCCAGUGACAAGCGAAAGGUAUCCUCAGGGACUUUAACCCCGCGUUAUGCCACCGCUGUACCAGCCAGAGAUCCCGCUGUGUUUCAGAAGGAGAAGCCAGACCAUCAUGCACCAGCGGACAAGGGGAAGAACUCUGAACAUGCGGCCCAGAAAAAGGAAGAGACUUCUGGCUGUGGCAACAGUCAACCUCCAGCUACAGGGGUAGCCAAACCCAUCCCCCGGCCACCUACACAGCAAGCCCCAUGCACGGCCGAAAUCAAAACAAUAGGGGCCUUCCCUCCUCUGAUGAGAGCCGUCUCCUGGGACACGGUGGGCUCCAUGAACAUGAGGAAUGCAGCUCCCAAAGGGGAGGACAAUCUCUCUGACAAAUCAAGGGAGUCUCUGUUUAAGUCCUCCGGGUACAAGGACUUCCCUGUGCCACCUGGGAGCGUUCAAAAACUGUCCAAAUUGCGCGAGGAGCACAAACUGAUGCGUAACCAGAGCAUCUCCAGCUCAAAGCUUCCUGACCUGAAUGAAACGACCGAGCAGGAACGAGGUCCAUCCUCUCCGCUCACCAGCUCUCCCAGUGAAGAGGAGGCCAAAGAGAAACCUGACGCUAUGCCCAACAUUUCAGACGUCAUGCUACGCAAACUCAAACUGCACAGAGGUUUACCUGGAUGCGCACCCCCGCUCUCAGAGAAGGAAGUUGAGAACGCUUUUGUGCAGCUUUCGCUGGCAUUCCGCAACGACAAUUACACGCUGGAGUCGCGGCUGAAACAGGCGGAAAGGGAGCGCAAUCUGACUGAGGAAAACACGGAGAAGGAACUGGAAGAGUUUAAAAGCACUCUCAAGAACACUGUGUCACUGUGGCAGAACAUGGAGCAGCGGGAGUUUUACCAGCACCUCUUCGAAACGAUCGCCGUAUUGCACCGCCUGAGCAGCCGCCUCUCCAGCCGGGCUGAAAUGGUGGGAGCUGUGAGACAGGAGAAGAGAAUGAACAAGGCCACUGAGGUGAUGAUGCAGUACGUGGAGAAUCUGAAGAGGACGUAUGAGAAGGAUCAUGCUGAGCUGAUGGAGUUUAAGAAGCUUGCCAGCCAGAACUCCAGCCGCUGCUAUGCAGGAUCAGUGGACACGGGAAAGGUAGGCAAAAGUCUAGAGUGUUUUUUUUUCUCUCUCUCUAAGGCUUUGCCCAGACGAAGAGUCAGUGUGGCUGUAGUUCCCAAGUUUAAUCUACUGAACAUCCCCGGGCAGACGCCAGCCGCCGCUGGCCCUAAUUUUGCACCCGGUGCACUUCCUGUGGUGUGUGAGGCGAACACCAUUAAGAACAGCAGUUCCUCAGACCCUACACAACAAGAUGUGCCUGACAAAUCCAGUGGAAACCCUCUGACGGAGCAGGAAAGUGAAGCAGUGCCAACCAAAGUUGUCUGCAGUCCAGAGAAGAUUACAGAAGAGAUCAAAGCCAAGAUUGAAGAAGCAGCGUAUAACAAAGGAUUCCAAGAAGGACUUAAGAGGUCUAAAGAACUUCAGGAGCUGAAGGAGGAGGAAGAGAAGGCAGAAGAGAAGCAGAAGGACUCUGAGGAGGAAGCAAGAGGAAAUACUGAUAAAGACAGGAAGACUAAUAGCAGGUUUGAGGAGGCAUUAGAGGUCCUUGACCGGAUAUUCCCAAAAUUCUUCCGGCGAAAUCGAGUGCUUUGGAUCGUCCUCACUCUGUUUUUUGCUUCAUUCAUUCUUGUCAAUGUCAUAAGCUUCUUCAGUAACCGCUACAGUGAGAGCGGAGACACGUCUGCAGAGAAGUCCGCCGUCCCAGGCAAGAAGACGUUUUUCGGACUGAAUGUAGGGUCAAAGACCCCUGCCCCAGAAUGACUUUAUUCACAUCCAUCACGUCGAGACAGAUUAACACAGCUCAUAUUGUUUCUACCAGUCUUUCACACUGCAUUUAGAAAAUAGCAGAACUACUUGUUAUUGUUUAGGGACCAAGUGUGCUUAGAUGAGAAAUCAGAUUUGCUUUGUAAACUAAAUUGAUAAAGUUAUAAUACUUGGGGCUGGGAAAGUUGGGAUUUCUUGUUAUUGCAGAGAAACGUUUUCUAAGACUGUCACGUUUGAUAUAUGAUUAUACCACUCGAACCUUAUGAUUAAACUUCUCAGGUUUUGUGAAAUAUAUAUUUGAAAUAUUACGUACAAUAUUUAAUACAACAUUUGGUACAGUAUGUUUUAAAGUCUUUGCGGUUCUUUAUGUUGUUUAUUUGAAUUGACAUUCCAAGGUAGAUCCUAAAGUGCAAUAUUUUGCGACUGGUAGUUGACGGUUGUGUGGGGAGUUUGAUAGUUCAGAAUGCUUCACUAUUUUGAAGAGCACUUUUAACUAGCAUGAAAGAAUUCAUAUUUGCACAUGUGUGCUUGUGUUUACUGUUGUGCCACUUCACCUUGUAAU